AACAGCUCCCCUUUCAGCCUAGUCCACCCAUCAUUUGAGUGUUAAAACUUCCUGGUUCACAAACAUGGCGGGUGUGAGGUGGCUGAUACUUACUGCGGGUGUGUCAGGGUGGUGGAAACAACUCAUACUGGGUACCAGCUGCCCGAUAGGAAAGUUCGGAGAAACCUGCAGCUACUCCUGUCACUGUACUCCGCACUGUAACCCGACAACCGGAGUCUGCAGCGGUGCAUGUGAUCGAGGCUGGUUUGGUGGGAAUGGGCAAACCUGUCAGAAAGAAGAUGCGAGGUGUGUACAAGCCGCCGGGUAUAACUUGAGCCAAUUGGGUGUCGCAGUGGUUCUUGCAUUCGUGGCUGGUGCUGUAGUAGAUGCCAUCGUCAGUGCUGUUAUCUGGAGGAGAAGGAACAGAUGCCUACACAAGACAUCUGAAUCGCGCCCAACCACUGUAUCACUCGUUCCAACUGAACCACCGCAGGCCAGUGAUGACGUUGGCCCAGAAACUAGGCCAUACGACAGUCUCAAUGCCGUCUCAUAUGACGCCAAGAUGAAAGGAGAGCCUUACUGCACCGUUAAAUCUGGCCAAACAAAUGCAAAAACUGAUGCCACUGUUCUGACGUCAUGUGACGUGUCCGACUCUAUCGCAGCAGGGACCUAUGAAACCCUUGACAACACGUCACGGGGAACGGAUGGUGAAUACAGUGAGAUCGGGAAGGUUAAGUGACUUUCUAUUGACAAACUUACUGUUUAAAUAAAAUGAUAUAUUGGUACUUGAAGGUAUAUUCGCAAAAGGUGCCCUUUAGCUCUAAGAUUUAUUUCUAUGUUUGUGGGUUUAAAAUUGUAAUAAAUAAAUUAAUUAUUUACGUAUUUCUGUAGCCUGAUGUCUAUUGACGCACAGACACUACACAGACACAGUUACAAUGUGAAUUGUGUAAGUUCAAUGAGAGCUAUGUUGUAACCCAAUGUCCCCUGAUGUGAACUGAUAAUAUUAAUACUUAAGACCUAACGUAAAUGUAUUUAUAUUUUGCUAAAUAACAGUUAUAGGUGGCGUUUAUCUUAUAAUUAUAGUUUUGGCUUUGCAUGCAUGAAGACCUUGUCAUUAUGGCGUCACCACCUUUGUUUGUGGACGGUGAACUGAAAUACAUGGACAGGACAAAGUUAUAUGAUCUGUUAACUUGUAAAUAUUUGUAAUAGACGAUUCACUUGAUGCAUUGCGAUUAUGUAUUAUUAUAUUGAUGAUAUAUGAAAAUAAUCUUCAAAAAAGUAAAAACAUUUACAUGUUUUCAUCAGGCAUAUCAAAUUCACAUGCUAUGCUGACAGGAAAAUAGUCUACGUCGUACUGACACAAAUCGUAUUUUAUCAAAAAUACCACCUUUCACAUGUUGAAACCUAUAGCUAGGUAAACCCAGAGUAGUAGUAUGUGUAAUGGGUUAUUGCAUCCGUAGCCUCAGGCCACGCUUGUUAUCUCUAUGCCCCAGAAGCCUUUAGUGUCAUUAAUAUUGUUUGACUAUGAUAGUUUCAUGUUUGUUAUUGCUUUAAUGUCACGCUUUGUUUUCUGUAUAUGAGUAUAUGUUUAUGUGCAUAAACAAUGUCAAUAAGAAAACGUGUGACGACUGUAGUCAGUCUGGAAUUAUUUACUCAAAUUCUAAAAUAUAUCACUCACAAGUUGGAUUACUUAACGUAGAUAACUUAAACACUUAUUUGAUUUAUUGCUUUUUGAUUAGUAUACAUCUUUGCAAUCAUUUUGUAAUUAUAUACGAUCACUGGCGCUUCAUCAAUAAACGGAAUCCAAACUCAC